AUGGGCUCGCACCUGCCGCCGCGCCCCGAGCCCCAGCUGGUGCUGCAGCUGGCGGCCGGCGCUCUGCAGGCGCAGAACUUGGAGGCGCCGGGCGGCGGCCUGGGGCCCGAGUGGCAGGUGCUGCUCGGGCGGGCGGACGCGCUGGCCUUCGGCGGGCGGCUGCACGAGGCGCUGCCGCUGUACCAGCUGGCGUCCCGCCACCAGCAGCUGCGAGCCGAGCAGCUGGAGAAGCUGGUGGAGUGCCUGGCGCAGGGCGUCCGGAUCAAAGAGGGGCUGCCCGCCGCCGGGCAGCCCGCGGCACCCCGCGAGUGGGACGUCUUCAGGUGCCGCAAAUGCCAGGGCUUCCUCUUCGAGCCCGUUUCCUUGCCUUGCGGACACACGUUCUGCAAAAAGUGCCUGGAGAGGGACCGGGCGCCCGAGUCCCGCUGCGUCCUGUGCAAGGAGGCGGGCGGCGCGGCGGCCGGGCAGCUCCUGCGGGUCAAUGUCAUCCUCAGCAACCUGCUGACCAAGUGGUUCCCCUGCCAAGUGAAGGCUUCGCAGCUCCGGCACGAAGGGAACCUCCUCUACAAGGAGAAGAAGCUCCAAGCUGCCCUGCAGAAGUACAACGAAGCGGUCAGCCUAGCUCCAAAUGACCACUUACUAUAUAGCAACCGGUCCCAGAUUAACUCUACUUUGAAAGCUUGUGAAGAUGCAUUGCACGAUGCAGAAACAGCAUGCAGGCUCCAGCCAUACUGGUUGAAAGGUCACCUAAGGAAAGGACAAGCAUUAGCUAAUCUGGGGAAAACAGAAGAAGCUUUAAGGGAGUUUCUAUUCUGCCUUGCUCUAGAUACUGGGAACAAGACAGCCAAGUCUGAGGCGCAAAAGCUUCUACUUAGUUUGUUUUCACUCAUCCCGGGAAAUGCUCAGGAACACUUACCCGAUAUCCUGCAGCUGUUGUCACAUCACUCUAGAUUAAAGGGGAAUCUCCUAAAUUCAGUGGGAUCUGGAGGCACCAGCCAUAACCUACAAAGGUUGCUCAAGGUCAAUGUGGAACAGAAAAAGGGUUUUUCUAUUCAAGAGGAACCAAAUGUAACUACUUCUGGUAGUUUGAGGAAAUCUAUACAAAUUACAGAGAGCAAAAAGGACUGCUCAGAGGAGGAGAACAAAUUCACUUCCAUGCCAGAGUCUACUUUUCUCAUUUCUGAGAAAUGCAAUCUCCUGAAAAGGAAGUGCUGCUCAGAGGAGAUGCGAAAUGCUGAGGUGCCCUGCAAACUGAUGAAGAAAGACAUAGAUACUAGGGAAAAUAGUACUGGACAACAUAUUCCAUUUGAAGUUGUGGAUCCAUCAGAUUUGGACUGUUCCCUGUGUAUGAGGCUCUUCUAUGAACCUGUCACAACACCUUGUGGACACACCUUCUGCCUCAAAUGCCUGGAGAGAUGCCUGGAUCACAACCCAAAAUGUCCCCUGUGCAAGGAAGGGCUCUCAGAGUGCUUGGCUAUGAGGAAAUACUGUAAAACAGUGCUAAUGGAGGAGCUAAUAGCCAGAUAUCUUCCAGAAGAACUCACUGAAAGGAGAAAGAUUUAUGAAGAGGAAAUAGCAGAACUUUCCAACCUAAAUAAGAAUGUUCCUAUAUUUGUGUGCACAAUGGCUUAUCCUACAGUCCCAUGUCCUCUGCACAUCUUUGAGCCAUGUUAUCGGCUGAUGAUCCGGAGGUGCAUGGAGACUGGCACCAAACAGUUUGGGAUGUGCAUCAGUGACCCUGUCAAGGGGUUUGCAGAUUAUGGCUGCAUUCUGGAGAUAAGAAAUGUUGAAUUCUUUGCUGAUGGUCGCUCUGUUGUAGACAGCAUUGGCAAGAGGAGAUUUAAGGUGAUUCAGCACAGCCAGCGUGAUGGAUAUAACACAGCAGAUAUUGAGUACAUUGAGGAUCAAAAGGUGCAAGGACAAGAGUAUGCUGCAUUACUUGUUCUCCAUGACUCUGUCUAUGAUCAGGCUUAUAUGUGGUUUAACUCCCUCAAGCAAGCACUCAAAAGUCGAAUUCUCAGUCAUUUUGGUCCAAUGCCAGCUAAGGAUCCUGACCCACAGGCUAACCCCAAUGGACCAGCCUGGUGCUGGUGGGUCCUGGCUGUGCUUCCACUUGAGAACAGAGCUCAGCUCCCGUUCCUUGCCAUGAAAUCCCUCAAAGACCGCUUGAAUGGCAUCAGACGUGUCCUUACGUUCAUGUCUCGUACGAGAUCACGGUGAUGGUGAGGAGCAGAGCUGGGGAGUCUCCCACAGUCCUUGACUGCAGACUGUCUCUUGUAACUUCAUCUAACUGCAAUAAUGUCUUACAGAUUUGAGUGUCAGGAUGUUUCAAGCCUGAAUUUCAAAGAGAAUGAGUUAUAAAGAGCAGGGGAUGUUUAUGGAUACUUCAAUAGUUUCCAUUUGGAACUGAGACAAAUAUUCAAUCACUGCACUGCUAAAUUAAUAACAAAUGUGAUAGAACAAAAAGUGAUCUUGUUUGCCAUAAACCUUUUAAAAAUCUUAAGGAUUUUUUUUAAUUUAUUUUAUUUUUAUUUUUUAGUGGAUAAAGGAUAAACUGUGCAAUUUAAUGUGAAGCAAAAAUAAUAAGGUUAAUGCAUUAUUUCAGUGAACUGCAAAGUCUUUUAUUCAAAUGGUUCAGGGUUUAUAUAGCAUUGUGUAAAAUAAUGUUCACAACUUCUGUUUGAUAAUUUAUUUUUGCACUAUGAUUUUUUUGUUUCAAAAAUGUAUAUUAUUUAUGUGUUCAGUCACUAAAGGAAAGUGAGCUGCUCUAUUUAUAGUGUUUUUACCCUGUAUUAUGACUGGGGGCAAAAAUGAUGAUUCUUUCAGUGCACAAGCAACUGCUUUGAUAAUUUUUCAGUUAUUUGUGUUCAAAUACUUGGAAUGUUUUUCUACUCAUCCCCAGUUCUACUGUAGCUUAAGAACGCCCCCAAAACAUCCUGCCUUGAAGUCUUUGAAUACACAGAUUGUCUGAGUUAAUUCAAGCACAGCUUGAAUGUUGAAGGUUCAUCCUAUGCUUGUGGCAAGGUUCCUUGAUACAACCAAACAGACAAGCACCUGCUUAAGUGCUUGGUAAAUUCAAGUACUGAUGGUUAAUGUCGGUGGGAGCUGACCAUAGUGGUGACAGAAGGAUAUAUCCCAUAAUAUUUCACAGAACAGAAUAACUUGAAUUUAUAUCUGAACACUUUCUUGCAAAAAUGGACAAUGGCUGCAAACAACUGUGAAGAAAGAGCUGCAAUAUAUGGAAAGUGGCUUAUCCCAGAGAAAACUGGAAGUACUGGUGUCAUUUCAUUCCUUGAGUAAAGCUGCCAGAAUUUCCAAGCAGAGACUUGUGUACAUGCCCUGCAUCGUGAACACCCAGUGCAUUUGUUGCAGCCUGGAAACACUGGACCUACUGCAUGUAAUGCAAACAGGUGAUCUGCAUAUGCACAACAAAUCAAAAUUCCAUCUGUACAGGUACAGUAGCAUUCUCUCUGGGGCUGUUCUAUGGCCACACAUCCUAGAUUAAUGGCUAAAGUCUGUAAAUUCCAUCAGAAAUGAAAGCAAAUACCGAGAAAGAUAUAUGCUAGAGAACACUAACUUGUCCAGGAAAAGCUGGACAAGGAGUACCCUUAGCCUUUAUUAUGUUGAGAUGGUGAAGUUUCAGUAAUGAUGUUUAAAACCAAAAAAGAUCUAGGUAUGCCACAGUACCUCUGAUUUUUUUUUUCAGUUGCAUAAAUAAGUACAAGGAUGUAAAUGCAGCAUUUAUCACAGGCAUGAAUAAACAGCUGAACAGAUUUAAAAAUACCUUCAGUUUAAUUAUAGAAAUAGCAUUGAUCAGAUAAAAUACUAAUUGGGGAAAUAUUUUAUUUAAGCUGCUCACAUUUUUCUAGACACCAAACCCAGUUUUAUAACCAGUCUUGCUCAUCUGCUAAAAACAAAAAACCCAACAAACCAAACCAUGACUUGAACUUGCAUUUCCUGCGUGGUCAGAAGUAUUGAUUUAUCACUGUGGGGGCAUAAGUAAUGCAUAGACUGCUUAGACAGUAGUUCAGUAGUUUUAAUAAUGAAAUAAUGAAAUGGUAUGAUAGGCCUUUAUGCUAAGUCUUAAGUGACAUUCUGGCGUUAGUUGUAAAAGUUCCUCUUGCUUUUUUUCUGUGAUUACUUUAAGUGCUGCUAUCUUCCAUUACAAUGUAGCAAUAAGAGAUACCAGCUGUCAGACUGAAUGGCUGCUGACGCAUUGCUGGGCCGUCCUUCUGUUCUGUACAACUGCUUACUGACAGAACACCUCAAACAUCAAUUUAUUAAUCCAAAGAUUGUUUUAAUCUUAAAAAAAAAAAGUGGAUUUGGAUGUAGCAGGUCUGUCUUAAUCUGUGCUGUAGAGAAAGAGCUUCAUAGAGUUGAGUUCUGUUUUAGAUGGUCUUUUUACAGAAUCAUAAAAUCCCAGGUUGGAAGGGACCUCAAGGAUCAGCUGGUCCAACUUUUCUUGGCAAAAGCAUGGUCUAGACAAGAUGGUCCAGCAGGCUAUCCAGCUGAAUCUUACCAGUGUCCAAUAUUGGGAAACCAACACUUCCCUGGGAAGAUUAUUCCAAUGGCUGAUUGUUCUCAUUGUGAAAAUUUUUCUUUUUAAUGAUUUCUACUUGGUGCUGAAGUUUUACUGGCAUUUAAAUCAAUGGCAGGAAUUGUAUUUAAAUGCAAUGUUUAGGAAUGGAGAACAUGUUCACAAACAUUUAUUUAAAAAAGAAAGUGAAAAUUAACUAUAGGGUUUUUGUGCAUAGAAACCCCAUAGACCUAAAUGCACUUAAGGCAGUGCUCCCCAUUUCCCCCAAGUCCUACAUCAGAUGAACACAAUCCCUCUUUUCAACCCCUGCUUAGUUCUCAUUUAAUUCACAACUGAACCUGUUAACAAGUGCAGCAUGUAGUUUAGGAGCUGGGGUUUAUUUCCAAAGCCCAGCAAAUCACUGGAAGUCUUAUGGGUAUAGCAAAAUGGUAGUUUGAGCAAAGUCACUCUCUUGAAACACUUUGCUAAAUAAAUAUUGUCUGAAAGGAGAAACUUAUCUGCUUAGACAGGAUUAAAAUGGUGGAUAAUAAAAACCUGAACUAUUACAUUGACUUGCUCAUCCAGGUAUCAUGUGAAGUGCUUACUAAUGUUGGAUUUUCAUAAGGUCUAAAGUAACCCUCACAUAGAAGUGCCUGUAUUCUGUUAUUGCCAUUCUUGAGCUUUUUAAUAGUCAUAGCCAUAUAUUUUAUAAAUAUAAAACAUAUGCACCUUUUAAUCUUUACAUUCAACUUGCAGAACAAAGGUUUACAGAGCAGAAGUGUAGCAAAAACAAUGUAAUAGCUUCUAUUCCCUGAUAAGGAACGGGAGAAGUAAAAAAUGAGGAGCAAAAGAUUAUCUGUGUAAGAUGUCUUAAUCUGGAACCAUAUACUUGUCCAAUUUAAUUCCAUCAAGCUAUGUGGUUACAAGAGUGCCAGAAAUAUAUCUAUCAAGCCAUUUUAAAUAAAAAGUUUUGUGGACUUGUAUAUUCCAUUUGUUUCUAAAACAUCCUUUUGUGCACUGUAAUGAACUUGAAAUGAAACUUAAGUUAUACUCUCAUAUCACUGGACAGAGUACUGUUCAGCUACCUCUACAUAAGUUUGAAGUAAUUUGUUUUUUCUGGAUUUGUUUGCAUUGUCAUAUAAAAUAUAUUUUAAAAAAUCAUAGUCCAAAGAACCUGUAUGUGUUUGUAGAUGUACUUAUAACUAUGUUGUACCAACAAAGUCUGUGUGGAGAGUUGUUUCCUAAUUAAAAUUUUUGUCUUCUUUA